AUGUGGGAGCGUCUCUCCGCCGCCGCGCGCGACAGCUUCUCCGCGAGCCCGCCGCGCGACGCGCCGGACGCGCCGCCCACACAACCAGCGCCAAAGGUCACCGCCGAGGCCAUCGUCUGCCUCUUCGGCGUGCACUUCCACAACCGGCGCGGCAACGAGGUGUCGUGGUCCUGCGCGUCGUCGAGCGCGCCGCCGGCCGUGCGGCGGGCCGGCUUCCUCGACGGCGUCGAGUUCAAGGCCAUGCCGUCCGGCGUCGACAAGCUCGACGAGGACUUCGUGCUCUUCCGCCAGCGGGACCUCUACGGCCUCGCGGUCUUCAGCGCGCGGCGCGCGGCGAGCGACGCGCGCGGCGCCAUCUACCACAGCGUCGGCGCGCUGGCGACGGAGCACGGCGCGUUGGCGGCCGUCGCGAACGGGCUCCGCGACGCCGCGGAGGCUCUGAACGCGGCGCCCGAGGGCGACCGGCCCGCGGUCUACGCGGCCCUCGAGGCCCGGUACCGGAGCGGCGACCUCGCCCUCGACGCCGCGCCGCGCGACGACGAGGACGACCUGAGCGUGCUGCGGGGCAGCCUGGGGAACCUCGCGUUCUUCUACGGCGCGUCCGUCUUCACGCUGUGGAAGGCCGUGCUGCUGCGGCGGCGCAUCCUCUUCUAUUCGCCGGUGCCCGUGGGCAUCGUCUGCGAGCGGGCCCACGCCGUGAGCGGCCUGCUGGCCCACUCGCUCGACCCGAGCGUCGCGUCGCUCCUCGCCGCGCCCGAGGACGAGCUGCUCUUCGUCAACGUCGCGGACCUGGACGACCUCGCGGCGCGGCGGACCUACGUCGCCUGCACGUCGGAGAAGGUCCUCGCGGACAAGACGCGCGCCUACGACGUCUUCGUCGACAACCGGCGCGUCGUCGUCGCGGGCGACGGCGACGCGCGGGGCGCGCCGCGGACCCCGCCGGAGGACCACAUCCCCGGCGAGGACCGCGACGAGGACGACGACCUCGUCUUCCCCUUCCUCAACAGCGUCGUCUUCGGCGAGCGCACGCGGCGGCGGCACCGCGCGUUCGGCGCGCGCCGCGGGUCCGUGACCGCGCCGAGGGUCGUCGCCGACGACGACAGCGCCCUCGCGCUCACGGAGGGCGACCGCCUGCGCUGGCGCGCCAUGCGGCGGCGCAUGCAGACGCGGGGCGCGGCGGUCGGCGGCGCGACCGCGGACCUCGACGCCGUCGUCGCGGACGCGUUCAGCGCGGCCAACGACCGCGUGCUCGAGGGCCUCCUCGUCGCCGCGCGCACGGGCGUCGACGUGACGACGCUGAGCUCCUUCGAGAGCUUCGGCCUCCACCGCAGCGACCGCGCGUUCCUCCGGGCGCUCGCGGACGAGCUCCGCGUGGACCACCCGGGCUUCAAGGACAGCGCGACGUGGACGUCGGACGCGACGCGGACGCCGAGCCGGCCCCCGCGGCCGCCCCGGGACUCGUGGACGGCGACGCCGAAGCGACAGGCGCCGCCGUUGCCGUAA